AUGGGAUACAAGCAUGAGCAGUUCUCCAAAAAACUCGAUCAAAACAUUCAAUGUUCUAUAUGCCAUGAGGUUUUCAAGGAACUUAUGAGUUGCACUGCAGGUCAUACUUUUUGCAGAGAAUGUAUCCACAGGUGGCUGCAAAGCAAUGAGAGAUGCCCAGCAGACAACACCUACCUGGACAAAAAAUCUCUUGUGCCUAACCUAACUGUCAAGGGAAUCAUAGAUGAUCUAGAUGUCUAUUGUCAUCCAGUAAGCAUUGGGAAUACUGAAUUGAGUCCUGCAAAUAAGAGAAUCAGGCUAGAAAAUAGUACAGACGAUGAAGGUGAUGAGGAGAACUGUUGCUGGACUGGCAAACUACAAGAUCUUCCCACCCACAGAAAAACUUGUGCUUUUGAACUAGUAUCCUGCACAUAUGAAAACUGCAAGCAGCAAAUCAAAAGAAAAGGAUUUGAAAAACAUAAAGAAGCAUGCAAGUACAAAAGAGUAGCAUGUAAGGAAUGCACAUCCUUUGUGGUAGAAUGUAAACUGCCAGAACAUCUAGAGAAUGACUGUCCUAAUGCUAUGAUUCCUUGUAAAAAUAACUGCAGCACAGAUGGUGCAGUGACCAAAAUAAAAAGUCAUGCCGUUCCACCAUUCGAAAGCACAGUUAAUCCGCACGGGAUGAAUGAGCGCUUCACCUUUAAUUAG